UCGGGAGAGGAGCGUGUACCGGAGCUCUCAGCGAACCCGUGGAAACGCACGGACGCGAAUCUACCUGGCUUUUGUGACUCGUUUUCGUCGCGUUGUUUUCUCCCUCUUGCCGGCUUGGAGAUGUGGAUAAAUAAACGCCGGACACCGAGCAUACUGCCGUGACAUUUCUACAACGUGUAAUCGCACUGGGAAACUUUUUCUCUCCAUUAUAUAUGUAGAUAUAUUUUCGGCCGUGUAUUGUGUUGUGUUUUUCGAACUGUCAAAAGGCUUUGAUAUGAGAGCUCAACUUACACAGUUUCGUACGUACUUGCUGUACAGUGAUGUGGUGUUAACUGCCACGUAGUUCCAGCCUGAGUUCUAAUCUACACAUCGGAUACAAAAUAACUAAAAAAUGAGAUGACAAUACGUACAGUUGUAAAUGAAAAAAAGAAAGACAUGCCUCGUCGCUUGAAAACAUUUUGUGAAGCUUGAGAGAGAGAGAGAUCAAAAUAAAAACACCAAAAUAGGAUGAUAAGAUUUUAUUAAUGGGCAUUAUCGGAUUUAGACUCAAGUGGCCGAGGAGAAAGAAAAAAUCUUCCUGUUAAUUAGUGAUCAGCACAGGUCGUCCAGAUUGAAGACAGAAUGCUCUUCCCGACCGCCGCGUGCCUGCUGCUCGCCCUCUGCUGCCCCCCGGCGAGCGGCAGCAGUCAGGAGCAGAAGCAGACGUUCGCCACGAUGCCCUCGCACCAGACGGCGGUGGCGGGGAGCACGGUGGUCCUGCCCUGCCGCGUGCUCAACUUCCACGGGCUCGUUCAGUGGACGAAGGACGGCUUCGGGCUCGGCACCACCAGGGACCUCGAGGGCUUCAGCAGGUACUCCAUGAUCGGCUCGGACGAGGAGAACGACUUCAGCCUCCGGAUCGUCCAGGCGACUCUGGCCGACGACGCCGACUACCAGUGCCAGGUUUCGUCACCCACGGACAAGCCCAUCCGCUCGGACGUCGCGCACCUGACGAUCUACGUGACGCCGACGUAUCCGAAGAUCGACUACAUGCCUAUCGCCACGGCGGGAGUGCCUUAUACCUUGUCUUGCCUUACGGACGGGGCCAGACCUGCGCCGGAGAUGCAGUGGGUUGACGAGAAGGGCUCCGUCAUCACCAAAGGAACCCAGUACCACAGGAGGGUGAGACCAGAUGGAAAGCUCAUCGACACUAACUUCACUUACACCUUCACGCCCACACGACACCAUAACGGGCGUACUCUUACCUGUCAGGUGUUUAGUCCAGCUCUGAACACCGCCCUUACGACCGAGGCUGUAAUUAGGGUGAAAUAUCCCCCUCACGUGCAACUAGUUUUCUCGCCCGCCAAGUUAAAAGAGGGCGAGGAGGCUUUCGUCACGUGCAAGGUGGAUGCCAACCCCAACAACGUGACUUACCGCUGGUUUCGCGAGGGCAAGGAGGUGCCCGGCGCCGCGGGGGCCACCAUGCCCUUGGGCGUUCUCUCGAGGAGCAACCAGUCGGCCACGAUCGCCUGCGAGGUGACCAACGCCCUGGGCACAGCGCGCAAGACGGACCAGCUCAAUAUUCUUUACCCGCCCAUGUUCGUAGCUGAGCCGAGCAGCGUGUCAGGCGAAAUCGGGAACAUGGUGACGAUGAAGUGCCGUGUGGACGCCAAUCCCACGGCAGAAAUUUACUGGUCGAGACUCCGGGACAACGAGCUGGUCGGCACAGGCGAGGAACUGACCAUCGAGGCUUCCAAAGCGACGGCGGGCGUGUACGUGUGUUCGGCCCGCAGCGAGAGCUUCCCUUCCCUCGACGCCCAACUUCACUUGAGACUCCGAGGGCCUCCGAGGAUCAAGACGCCCUCGGUGCUGGUCGUUCGCGAAGGACAGAAUGCGGUCCUGCGUUGUUCCGUGGUGUCCGUGCCCCAUCCCGUGUCGCUCACGUGGGAGAAGGAGGGCGUGAGUCUCAGUCCAGACGGCGACUGGGAAGUGAAGGAGGACCAGCGGGCGGACGGCGUCGUGUCCACGCUGACCAUCUUCAACGUCUCGCAGGAUGACUUCGCUUCCUACAACUGCACAGUCAUCAACGAGUACGGCGUCGGGACUCAGCAGAUUAUCCUCCAGAGACCACAGUCACACAGCAAUCAAAGACACCACAAAGACCUUUCCGUGAAGCCAAACAAUAGAACCAGUCUUCGUGAUAUGAACUCUGAUGCAGCCCGAAGCACAUCCGGAAGAGCAGACUCGGACAACAAGGAAGAGAGGUCGAGGGCCAACUCGUCCUUGUCUGAGGGCGAGAGAGAGUCAGACAGCGGCUGGGAGAAGAACAGCACCAAUUGUUCGGGUAAACGCGACCUAACCCCCUCCUUGAGUCGUGCACACUACACCUCAGCGACCACAGUGUUCCCCCCUCCCGUUAAGAAAAUGAUCCAAAAUCUCUUUGUCUGA